ACACACUGAAAUGCCAUCAGCAGGCAGCUGUGACAGUGUGUACCUAUUGAUUUAUUUUUGUAUAACUAUUUAUGCGCAGUAAAUUGUCUAAGAUAUUGUUUAUUAAUUAUUCGUCUUUGAAGAUUUGUUGAAUCCUUGGACUGAGUUUGAGCAACUGGUGUAUUAUAAUUCUGCGCAAGCGAAGUGCUUCAAAACAAAACACGUGUAGUCGCCAUCACAAACCGGGACUGAAUUUUUUUUUGUGUUUGUGCGAAGAGGAAAAGGAAAAACUCUUUCAAGAUGGGUAUGGUACAGAAGCGUAAGAAGAUGCACUAUGGCGAUACGCAUCUGCAGCGUCGCUGGCGUGUGCGUAACCGUCGUCGGGAUCUCGAUCAGAUCGAUGAUGAUCUGAAGACGCGCAGCGGCGAAUUGAUCAAUCAAAACGUGGACCUGGAUAAGCCGGGCUUUGCCCAAUUCUAUUGUGUGCAUUGCGCCAAAUACUUUAUCGACGAUACAGCGAUGCAAGCGCAUUUUCGCACCAAAGUCCACAAGCGUCGCAUGAAGGCGCUUGAAACGGAGCCCUACAGCAUUGAGGAAUCGGAGCGUGCGGCGGGUCGCGGCAGCUUCCAAAAGCCCAAGAAGCGCGUAAUCACCACACAGCCCAGCAAGGAAGAUGUCAUCGCCGGCAAGCGCAUUAAAGUCGAGGAGGUACCCGAUAACAAUGCCGCGAGCAGCAAUGCCAUGGAGCAGGAACAAGUAGAGGAGAAGGAGGAGGAUGAACCAGUGACGACAACAAAGUCGAAGAAAGCGUCCAGAAAGCGAACCAAGAAAAUGGCCACAUAAAAAUGUCAUAAGUUCUUAAGCGUCAGUAAACCCAACUCUUAGUAUAGAUUACAACUCUUUUUUUUUUACAUAUGAUAUGUAAAAUCUUUUCAAAUAAUAAACUUAAUUUGUUAACUAGACUGCAAAUAUU